CACAGAAUCCCAUAGGAUCCCGGGAAGGGUUGGAUUGGCGAGACUCACACCCACUACUGUCCCUGGUGGAGAGACUCUGGGCCUCCCUGUGUGCUUGUUAGCGGCAUUCAGCCAACGUGGGAGCAGUCGGAAGAGAAGGUGUCUGGGGCCAGGAUGCUGAACGACACCACCAGCAAGGAUUAUGAGUAUGAGUAUGAUCAGGAACAGUACAGUGACCUUCUGAACGUCCCCGUAGACUGCCCAGCUGGCAACUGCUUCUCUAAUGAUGCCUACCUCAUAGUCCUGCUUGGCCUGUAUUCAGUCAUCUUCCUGGUGGGUGUGCCAGGCAACACCCUGUUGGCGUGGGUGACCUGGAAAGAGUCUCGCCACAGGCUCGGGGCCUCUUGGUUCCUGCACUUGACCAUGGCGGACUUGCUUUGCUGUGUGUCUCUGCCCUUCCUGGCUGUGCCCAUCGCCCAAAAGGGCCACUGGCCAUACGGGACAGUAGGCUGCUGGCUGUUGUCCUCCAUCACCGUUCUGUCUAUGUAUGCCAGUGUGCUGCUCCUGACAGGCCUCAGUGGCGACCUCUUCCUAUUGGCUUUCAGGCCCUCCUGGAAGAAUGCAGAUCAACGAACAUGUGGGGUGCGUGUGGUCCAGGUCUCCUCCUGGAUGCUGGCCCUGUUGCUGACUGUGCCUGCUGCUGUCUAUCGUAGGCUGCUUCAGGAGCACUAUCCUCCCCGGCUUGUGUGUGGCACAAACUAUGGGGGAUCGGUCACCGCGGAAGCUACCAUCACCACUGUUCGAUUCCUCUUUGGCUUCCUGGUACCAUUGGUGUUCAUGGCCAGUUGCCACGGCAUCCUCCAACGGCAGAUGGCUCGCCGCCACUGGCCCCUGGGCACAGCUGUUGUGGUGGGGUUUUUCAUUUGCUGGACCCCUUUUCACCUCCUGCGGGUCAUCAUUGCAGUGGCUUCUUCACACUCCCCACUCCUUGCCUGGGCCCUGGAGGCUGAGCCUUUGGUUACGGGCCUGGCCCUUGCUCACAGUGCUCUCAAUCCUAUUAUGUUUUUGUAUUUCGGAAGAAAACAACUCUGCAAGUCACUCCAGGCUGCAUGCCACUGGGCCCUGAGGGAUCUACAGGAUGAGGAGGAAAGUGCCGUGACCAAGGUAUCCACCAGCCAGGAAAUAGUGUCUGAGAUGCCGGUGUAGGCGGGAGGGAUUUGGAUUUCCUAGGCCAGCUCACAACUGUGCAGCUUCAGGCACAGCUGGAUGCAGGAGCUCGGAGAUGGCUUUUAUUCUUCGUUCAAUAAACAUUCAUUGUGCACUUGCUUGUGCAAAACCCUGAUAUAAAGGUGACAGUGGCUGGAGCCAAUUCCUUCCCCAGGAGGUAGCACAUUACAGAGGGAGACAGAUAUGGAAACAGUUGAAGGGAUAUGGACUAUGUCAAGGAUGGGAUGUUCCACAGAAUCCAAAGAGGGUGCUGGGGACACUGAGUGCCUGCUGUACAAACCGGGACCUGAGUUUGCGCCCCAUCUCCUACACAAAAGCUGGGUAUGGCGAUACACCUCUAACCCCAGCACGGAGGGAAUAGGUGGACCCCAGAGGUUCUCUGGACGAGUGGUCUAGCCCAAUAAACAAACUCCAGUCAGAAACGCUGUCUCAAGAAAGAGAGUGGAGCCAGGCAUGGUGGUGAGAACUUUAAUUUCAGCAUUUGGGAGGCAGAGCCUGCAGAUCUAUUUUAGGCUAUCGGGAUCUACAUAGUGAGAUCCAGGUAGAGAGUACUAGAUGUCGGGUAGGCUAGCACCUUGAAAAAUGGUAAUGACUGAGCCAAAACCCAACUAAUGGAGAGAGCAUCCAUGCUUAAGUCUGGGGAACUGUUCCAAGCAGACAGAGCAAACGCAGAGGCCUUGCUCUGGGGUACCUCUUCCAAGAAGCCCUCCCUGAUUGCAUCCCUCCCAGACACAAGGGCUCUUCUCUUCAACACAAAUGCUCCAGAAAAAUCCCAAGUCCCCUAAAAGUGAGAGAUGAACUCACUCCAUCUUUUAUAUUUUUAUUUUAUAUCUAUCUAUUGCCUGUGUCUGGAAGCACGGAGGGAGUGGGGUAGAGGGGUGGUUAGAGGACAACUCCUUCCAUCAUGUGGGUCCUCGGGAUUGAACUCAGGGAGUCAGGCUUGGCUGUAAGCAUCUUUGAGCCUGCUGAGCCAUCCCACCAGCCCUAAACUCCUCAGUCUUAGAAAGUACUGUAUUUCCUCUGCCCACACACCAAUUUAUUUCAGCUGGUCUCUGGGCCUGUUGAUAUUGCUGAUGCCUUUUUGUUAAUUUAUUUUCGAGGAUUUUUUUAAACGAUUUUUAUUUUUAAAAGUUCCUAUGGCUAUAUAUUGUACAUCGAGUAGAUCUCCACCCUUACCCCAGGUUUGCAGAUUUGUAACACCUAUGGCAUACUGUGUCCAGCCAACUCUCCUCCACAGAUCCCUACAGCCUGGCUUUGGUCUUGGUUUUCUUUCUUGAUUUUUUUUUUUAAGAUAGGGUCUCAUAGAGCCCAUGAUGGCUUUGAACUCACUAUGUAGCUAAGGAUGGCCUUUAGCACCUCCUGGGUGCUGGGAUUAUAGUCCUGCAUCACCACACCUGGUUUAUGGGGUGCUAUGGGGAUCAAACACAGGGCUUCAUCCAUGCUAGGCAAAUGCUCUAUCAACUGGAGUUCCUCACCAUGGCAUUCUAGGCAGCUGUCCUUGUACUGAGCUCCAUCCCAAACUGUACUUGAACAAUGUAUACACCUGUCUGUGAAAAGUUCAAAGAAUUUUUGGUUAAUUUACUGGACCAAAGAGCCUCUUCAGAAAGCCUUUUGAAAAAAAAUUUUUAAAAGUAUACUUUGAGAGUUUCUGUUUAAUUCUUUAGCCUUAAAAAAUGAAGGAGAAAUUUCAUGAGAUCUUCUAAAUGUAUUUCUGUGCAAUUAUACAUAAAAUCACUUGAUGUUAAAAA